ACAAGGUGGCAGCUCCGUCGAAUUGUUUAAAUUCCCAUUUGACUGAAAAUCUGACUUAACCGUUUAAGAACUCCGCCAAAAUGCGUAAAGUCAAUUGAAGUGGAGAAUAUAACGCCGUGACCAACGAUGAAUAUGACACACGAAGGAAGUAACGAUUUUGUAGUCCUCACAGAGGUGGUGCGCAAGCAAUAUGUGCUCUAUUUGGAGCGCCAGUUGCAGGAGAAUGUCUGUGCCUGGGCCAACCAAUCCCGUAAUCGCCACAAGCCCACAGCCUGGGCGUGCAUUCCCGCGAGCUUGGAGCAACUGGAGAACAAGGCGAAGAAGGCUUCCAUGGCGGCACAGAUCUACCAAAGAGCCAUGGUCAAAACGAUAGCUGCGGUACGUAGGAACACCCAGGAGUGCCGUUUGGCCAACAUUCUAUUUGAACAAAUGCAGCAAGCAGCUGGAGAGGAUGCUGUGCCCAUAAAAUCAGACCACCGUCUGGUGGAUAAGGCCACACAAACAACCGUCAUAGAAGCCCAGAAUGGCCACAUAACUCCUACGGAGGAGUACGAUGAUGAUAGCUAUGAGCUGCGUAGAAAAAUCGAUAUGUUUCAGGCUAGUCUCGAGCGGUCGGAAGUUCAGAACGAAACGCAUUGCGCACAUUGUCGUAGUAAGAUCAUGACCCCAGAGAAUAGGCCCCUUGCCAAUGAAGAAUCUCUCUACUCCGAAACCGAAGAUGCUGUGGCCCAGGAGCUGGCCAUGUUGUUUGGAGAAGAGCCCACUGAUCUUAAUCAUAUAUUCGGCAUCGAACCAACUGCUGUUAAUGACGAUCCGCAGAUCUCGGCCAUACUAAAGGAAAUAGCGAAUGCGGAACUACCAGAAAAAAAUGAACAUCCACCGACAUCCCCAACCGCCACACCACCAACUGGGCAUCACAGCGAGGUGGAUCUUCGCCAGAGUCGCUGGCCUUGCGAACUCUACGCCCAGAGGAGACGGCUCAAUGCCUGUUUGGUUCGCUUACUGGAAGCGGAUUGGCGGUGCGAGGACCGCUUGAGAUAUAAGUUUCACCUGAUUUUUGGCGAAGACAGCGAUGAUGAAUUCGCAAACCAGCUAUCCAGCCCGUCAAUUGAUUUAGUGGACGAAGUUCUGCUGGCCAGCUGCUUGCUUCGUAUUCGCCCAUGGAUUGUACGACAUUUGAUGUCUCCCCUGGAGGAGGGCCUUAUCGCCAAUCGAUUUCUGUUCAAGAAGCUAGCAAAGAUGCUGGCGCACUCCAUUGUCAUGGUCAAUCCAUAUAGCUCCGAGCUGGAGAUCAAGCAGGCUGUUGAGCAAUUGUUCUGCCUUAGACCUAGAGGAAUCCAGAGCGCAUAUGAUCUGGACAAUCUGCCACCCGUGGAGGUCACAACAUUUGAAGUUUAAGGACAAUUUACCGAUUUUCAGUUUUAAAAUAUCAGCAUAGAUAUGAAGAUGCGAGAAACUAUGACCCUCAGGAUAAUACUAGUAUUUACGAACGAUUCUAAGCACUGAGAAAACGAUUUUCAAUUGAACUACAUCAAAUUUAGUGAAGGCAAAACGGACUAUGUUCUUUAGUUUAAUACUCAAAUAUAAAACUCUUUAAAAUGUAAGUUAUAUACAUACAUGAAUGCUUCCAUGUCCAUAAGCUAAAAGUUGUGUGUCGAAUAAAGCCAAAGCACAGUCUA